CUUGUAGUGCGUUUACGGAAAAAACCAACAAAACUACGACCUUUACUUACAUCAAGGAAUGUCGACAGCACACUUCACAACAAAAAUCAGCGCCCACCUUCACCCGAUGACAGAAUUGGUAGAGCUUCCGUUCCCUCAAAGGGUGCGCAUCCCAAGCAUUGAUCCAAGGCGACCAAACAUAAAAGCAGAAAAGAUUAUUUCUCUGUUAGGCAUUGAAAAGGAGUUUCAUGUGAUAACGACACGACCAGGAAUCAUAGACGAGGUGCUGAGAAUUCCGUCGAAAAUCCCGAUUAAAAUGGCAUUAGUGGCUGGUAAUUUCCAGCUAGCUUCCAGUUCGCUUCCUGGCGUCUAUGCCCUCGUCAAUCCGACGUGGCAUAUCCACGAAAUGGGGCGGCCUACACUACCUGCAGCGUUCCAGCAAUUUCCACAGCCUUUACACGAUGUAUUAACACCUUGGAUGCGCACUUUCGAAGGUUAG